AUGGCUCUUCGCAGAAUGGCUAACCUCCACCGCGUUAUCAAGCUUCAUUCCAUCACAAUCUACCUCUUUGUGCUUUCAAUGAUGCAGCUUAUUCGAGUGAUCAUUGCCCUUGGUGCCCUCGCUGCCCCUAUUCUUGCGGCCCCGAUCGACUCCAAGGCCGACGUUAAGCCACGAUGGUUUGACCUCAGCCCCUCGAUUGCCUCUUUCGGCGACGAAGGCCCCGUCGAGGACGCCGACGCUGGUGCUGCUGACGAAGCAGCGCAAGCUAAGCGCAGAUGGUUCGACUUGAGCCCGUCUAUUGCCUCCUUUGGUGAUGAAGGUCCAGUCAAGGACUCUGAGACCGGUGAAGCUACCCCCGAGUAA